UCAGUGCCGCGUCCCCUGGCCCGGCUCGUCAGCCCCGGCGGUGCCAUGGCGGCCUUCAGCAAGUACCUGACGACGCGGAACUCCUCGCUGGCGGGGGCCACGCUGCUGCUGCUCUGUCUGCUCCUCAAGCGGCGGCGCGCCCUCGGCCUGCACCGUAAGAAAAGUGGAAAACCACCAUUACAGAACAAUGAGAAAGAGGGGAAAAAGGAGCGCGCUAUGGUGGACAGGGUGUUUUUAUCAAGACUUACAAGCAUUUUGAAAAUCAUGGUCCCUAGAACAUUUUGUAAAGAGACAGGUUACUUGUUACUUAUUGCUGUAAUGCUGGUUUCCCGAACAUACUGUGAUGUUUGGAUGAUUCAAAAUGGGACGCUUAUUGAAAGUGGCAUCAUUGGCCGUAGCAGGAAAGAUUUCAAGAAAUACUUAUUCAACUUCAUCGCUGCCAUGCCUCUUAUCUCUCUGGUUAAUAACUUCUUGAAGUUUGGGUUGAAUGAGCUCAAACUGUGCUUCCGAGUAAGACUCACUAAACACCUCUAUGAGGAAUAUCUCCAAGCUUUCACCUAUUAUAAAAUGGGAAACCUGGACAACAGAAUAGCUAAUCCAGACCAGCUGCUCACACAAGAUGUAGAAAGGUUUUGUAAUAGUGUAGUCGAUCUGUAUUCAAAUCUUAGUAAGCCAUUUUUAGACAUAGUUUUGUAUAUCUUCAAAUUAACAAGUGCAAUCGGAGCUCAGGGCCCAACCAGUAUGAUGGCCUACUUGGUUGUCUCGGGGCUAUUCCUAACUCGACUUAGAAGGCCCAUUGGCAAGAUGACGAUAACUGAGCAGAAGUAUGAAGGUGAAUAUCGAUAUGUUAAUUCCCGGCUCAUCACAAACAGUGAAGAAAUAGCCUUUUACAAUGGAAAUAAACGAGAAAAGCAGACAAUCCACUCAGUCUUCCGAAAACUGGUGGAGCACCUGCACAAUUUCAUUUUGUUCCGGUUCUCGAUGGGCUUCGUCGAUAGCAUAAUUGCCAAAUACUUCGCCACUGUCGUUGGAUAUCUGGUUGUCAGCCGCCCUUUCCUCAAUCUGGCGCACCCGCGGCAUCUCCGGAGCACGCACUCCGAACUUCUGGAGGAUUACUACCAAAGUGGAAGAAUGCUCUUACGGAUGUCUCAAGCCCUGGGGCGCAUAGUCCUGGCUGGUCGUGAAAUGACAAGAUUGGCUGGUUUUACUGCUCGGAUUACAGAAUUAAUGCAAGUGCUAAAGGAUUUGAAUCAUGGCAAAUAUGAGCGUACCAUGGUCUCUCAACAGGAAAGGGGUAUUGAAGGACCACAAAUCAUUCCCUUGACACCCGGGGCUGGAGAAAUCAUCAACGCAGAUAACAUUAUAAAGUUUGAUCAUGUUCCUUUAGCAACGCCAAAUGGAGAUGUCUUGAUCCGGGACCUUAAUUUUGAAGUUCACUCUGGGGCCAACGUUCUCAUCUGUGGUCCUAAUGGAUGUGGGAAGAGCUCACUGUUCCGUGUUCUCGGUGAAUUAUGGCCUCUUUUUGGAGGACGUUUAACUAAACCCGAGAGAGGAAAGUUAUUUUAUGUGCCUCAGAGACCGUACAUGACCCUUGGCACACUUCGAGACCAAGUGAUCUAUCCAGACGGAAGAGAGGAUCAGAAAAGGAAGGGCAUCUCUGACCUGGUAUUGAAGGAAUACUUGGGCAACGUCCAGUUGGGCCAUAUCCUGGAACGUGAAGGCGGUUGGGACAGCGUUCAGGACUGGAUGGAUGUCCUCAGUGGUGGAGAGAAACAAAGAAUGGCGAUGGCCAGGUUGUUCUAUCAUAAGCCCCAGUUUGCCAUUUUGGAUGAGUGCACGAGCGCAGUUAGUGUGGAUGUGGAAGGCUACAUUUACAUCCAUUGUCGGAAGGUCGGCAUCACGCUCUUCACUGUGUCCCAUCGGAAGUCUCUGUGGAAACACCAUGAGUACUACCUGCAUAUGGAUGGCAGAGGCAAUUAUGAAUUCAAGCAGAUCACGGAAGAUACGGUUGAAUUUGGCUCCUAGAAUCCGAAGAACAACCUGCCUCAAUGAGAUAAUUGUUGAUCACACUUGGGAAAACAGAGUACAUUGUAAAACAAAGCUGAGCUUGUUUUUGUUUUGUUUUUAAAAAAAACAAACAAAGCAACAGAUUAACUAGAUCGAGAAUAAUUGAGAACACGUUAAAACAUUUAAUAUUAUAUAGGAUAUUGCUAAUGUGUAUAUGUUGGUUUAAUUAUUAAUAUGUACUAAGAAUGCCCUUAUUCUUGUGGUUUAAAACCUGCCUAAAUUAAAUUGGGCUUAAAUCAGUGUAACCUGAUUCAUCCUGGGAUGUAAACCAUUUGAAGUCAGCUAAUUUGACUUUUAGGGAUCUCUUUUUUCCUUCAAUGAAGAACCCUGUUGACCACGGGUCAUCGCCUGCCCUGUUCUAACCAGCGAGUCUUGCGUCUCGGGUUCUCCUACCCCGUGCUCCGGGGAAACAAGCAAAUCUUCACGUAUGAUUGGAACGCAGAACUGCAUUUCACAGCAGCAUUGAGGACACAGUGGUUAUCUCAUUCGCUGCCAGUUAGGCCUCGGAGUGCAUUUAACUCCAGGAUAGCCGUUCAGAUUUAGUCUGGCUGAAUUAUACAGGCGCCCUCUCCAGCUCGUAUUGAGCCGUUCUGAGGGUGCUGGUAGUGACGUAACAAAAGCCUAGUGCUUAGAGGGGUGGUCAGUGUGUGUCACACCUGAUCUUCUCCCUGGUGGGGUGCUAAACCACAAAGCCCUGGCAAGGCCCAAGGAAGACCUUUACGUUUGUGAAGGGAUCGGACCGAUGUGCGUAGGCUGGACACCCGGUCACGAGGAGCUUCGUGGUUCUGUGGUGGAAAGCUUGCUGGGAGCCACGGGCUGCACUGCGUGGAGUCGGGCACUGCGCACGAUGUCUCUCCACCGUCUUUGACUUCUUUUUAACGUUUUAAAACGUUACAGAAUCAGUAUGCACAUGGGUGGGUUAGCUGUGUCCCAGGUGCUGCUUUAUCUCGGUGAAUCUUGAAUAGCCUUUUUUAUAUUGGGGGUGUUAUGCUGUGAUAAUGUCUGCGGAGAAAUUGAUUUCAGCUCACCAAACUGCCAGAUAUGACUACAUGUUAAUGACUUUGCACAGGGAGAACUGAAACUAAUCAAAAGCCAGACAUGAAAUCAGUGUGAUGAAAAUAUGGUUCAGAAAGGGGCAUUGGAUGUUAUGCGUAACUUUUUUUUUGCUGAAUUAAUUGUAAGAAACACUGACUUCCGAAGUAAAACUUGAUGUACUGACUGAUUCCAUAGUCCAUAACUUUCAGUUUUUACCACUCGCUAGCAAUCUUGUAUACUUACUUUCUUUUCAAAUUAAAAAAAAAUCAGUUAUCCUA